GCACCCUUUUUCAUAUAAUUUCGGAUUCACAUUCAAACUUCAAAUCCUGUUAUACCGGUGAUGAUUGUGUUAUCUUAUGGAUAUUUAGUGAAACGAUGCAUUUCAACAAUUAUCAAUUCAAAAGUUGUCUCUCCGAGUAAUGAUAUUGGUGCUUCUAAAUAUUAUGCUGCUAUUGUUUACAAUGGAGAUGUACCAGCUCGCAGUACUUAAGCUGCUUUGUAAACCAUGCAAAGACAAGCCAAUGAUCUCUUAUUGAAUAAUUCAUUUUUUUUUUGCAGCCACAAAGUGUGGGAUUUACUCAUAGCCAAUGUUUGAGUUUAGUUGCAUUAUGUAUAUAUCAAAAGAAUGGUAUUUAUGUAUGACUUGAGUACAUGUAGGUUUACCUACAUAUAUCAGAACAAAGUUUAUUCAUUUUGCUGAAGAACAGUGAACAGUCCAUUAAAAUAGACAACUAAUCAUCUUGACUUUUGAAACAUUGGCAACUUUUAUGACUCCCUCUACUACACUCCCAUGGAUAGAAAUCGAAAUCAGUGA